AUGGGGGGAGACGGCGACCGGAAGGAUGUGUUCCUGUACGAACCAGAGGAUUUGAACACGCUGCCACUCUCGGCGGAGCAAGCGGUGAAGGACACUACCAAAUCGAAAAGAUGAGAACAACCGCUCUUCAACCCGCUAAUAAGCUUUUUUCGACUUGUUGCGGAGCCCGCAUAUUAAUGAGUCAGUUGUAUUUGUUACCGAAGCCGAUGUUUGUUUAUUCCGGCGGGCGCGAUGAAUAAGAAUAUGUAGAUCUAGAUUCUUUCCGAGCCGCAUGCUUGUGCUUCUAUUCGUACAAUUUUCGGGAAUACGCGGUUGUUUAUGUUUUCCUCUGGAUGGCUAUGAUGCUUGGCCUGAAGCAGGGCGGUGGAUCCAAUUCCCCGAACACGAGCACCAUGAGCGCGAAAGAUUCCGGUGGGAGAAGUAAGGUACAGAAUGAUUUAAAUUAUUUGGUCUAGUGAAAAUAUGAAAGUGAGAGUGACUUUGGUUUGUUUCUGAUCUUCCUGUACUAGUAUGCGCAGAAGAAGAUCAUCUUCCCAACAGAUGAAGAAGAUACUUUCUUUGAUGAGUACUCGAUUGAUGCAAACCAUAACCAGCUGCCUCUGGAGAGUUACAUGGUCCAGUCCUCCCUCUUCCAUCGGGUAUUUGCGAACCUAUUUUACCUCUCGGUGUGCGUCCUUUUUCGCCCGCAAGACUCGGCCGAGCUCAGCAAGCGGUGUCGCAGCUGCUUGGUCACCAAUUGGCAGGACUACCUCCUGUACUUUCGAGAAGACAAGAAGCACCAGCGCAAUAUGCUCGAAAUUCUCCCGGUUUUUCUCACGCAGCUGGUCUAUCGGGCGCUCCUUGACUUCUUCCAACUCGGUCCCUUGGGUUUCAUCGACGCAGCGCAAUCCGUCAUAAGUAGAGUAGGUAACACUAUUAAUACAGGACGCCUAAGAUGAAAGUUACUUUUUUUAUAUCCGGUAGAUGAAGCCAUAAUUUUCCCUCAUUUCAAUGCGAAAAGCUUUUUAUUUGUGGUCUCCGUAGCUGUUGCGUGUUUGAAAGUCUUGCGAGUCGUCCCCCAUGGAGAAAGACGUUAACACACGACUAUGUCGAUGUUGUACCAGGACGCGCCUGCACACGUUGUGCGGCUUCCCUGAACCUGAAGUGUGUAUUCUUGUUUCAAUCAUGGCGCAAAAACAAAAAGAAAAGAAAAGCCAUCCAUAAGAAAAAAGAAACGGGGAAGAUGUGGCCAGAAGUUGUAGAGGUCAACAUGUCACUUCGCGGGCGGCUGAUUCUUGUAGUUGAUGUCGUGGUGAACAUCAUAACACGAAGUAGACAAUGCAAUUGCCAGGUACAAUUGUGUACUUCGAGCUGACGGGAUUCACGCCACAAGCGACAACAAUACACCGUUCUCGAGAUGGGGUCUUUGUCCGCGACCUGGUAAAGCACCCCUAUGCCGAUGUCACCAUGGGAGCUGCAUUGCUCAUGGAAUCAGACCAAACCGAGCUGGAAUUCGGCUCACAGGUACGGAUCUUUUGCAUGCUAUGAAAAAAUAGAAAUUCAAAAUUAUAAGUACUGCAAGCCGCGUGCACCUCGCGCAGUUUGAUUUCUACUUGACGAAAUAAUAGGAGGGCGGCGUCAGCAAUUUUGAUUUGCAUUGAUGAUGGUUGAUGUCAAGCGCAACAUCUACUGCAAGAGUCCACACUGGUACUUAAUUGUUACAGGACUCACGACCACCCGACGGGUCCGUGCUUUCCGACCUGCUCCAGAUGCGCGCACGCGAAAAGGCACAGCAAUACAGCGGUAUUCUGGACCCCGCGGCAAAAGAAGACGCCAUGAACGCAGACAAGACGCGAGUCGACUAUCUGGUCGAGGAUCUCGGGCAGUCCCUGGGGCAUGUAGUCGCAGUGGAAAAGGCGAUUGCGGGGUCCUACAUGCUCUACUCGCAGUAUGGGAAAGCAGCGUCAGGUUGGAAAUCGGCAGAGCGGAAGAUCAAGCAAGACCCAUUUUUGGAUUCACAAUUUCUACAUGGCGCAUGUCGAAAUCUUCAGACACGAAAGGUCGAUCUGUCACGCCGCUAAGAGCAAAAGCUCCAAGGGCCUUUGUCAUUCUCUUCAGCAUCGCCAUCAACAACAACAUUGAGUGUGCGUAUGUGCCCGAGGAGCAGGGGAACUACAAUGAUCUACCUUGGAGGCUGCACGUAGUGCAACAGGUCAGACGCUGUGUGUGUCAUGCCCAUGCGUGUUUAUGCAAAUAAGUAUUGUUUCUCUUGCAGCCACUUGUUUGCAAAUUUCCAACCUGACUACAUUCCCAUAUGCAACAGCGGAAGGCGAACUAUGGCGUUCUCAACUGUUACAUUCUCAAGUGUUACAUGGAUUUGUCAUGCAAGAAUGGGAAAAGUGAAAGGGGUCACCUUGCGGGUCUUGCAUGACAGAUCUGGCAAAGAUUCCGAGCCUGUUUGGCUCUUCAAGAAUUUGUCAUGCGAAGCAGCUUGAUCGCGUCGAUUCUGAUUGGGAUUUUGCAUUACAAAUCAUGUAACAGUGUAGAAUGUAACAGUUGAGAACGCCAUACGAACCGCGAGCAGCGCGCUCGCGACGCCAAGCGCGAGUCGGACGUAGCGGUCCAGCAGGGCGGCGGAGGUUCGGCCAGCGCCGGCGCUGGUGCAGCGGGCGACGGUACCAAAGGUGCUGCGCCGGGCACGGCGGAAAAGAAGCCGGAACCCAAGAAGAGCACCGCUGCGCUCAGCCGAUUUCGAAGAAGCGCGUCGACGGAAAUGCAGCGGAAUAUCACCGCCAAAAUGUUUAACGCCCAGCUGGACAAACAGAAAUACGAGAAAGCAGUAGGACUACCUGUUACUGUUGAAGUUAGAAUAUUACCGACUAUUUCAUCUUGGCGCGGUUGGUGUCAACGAUGUGGAAGAUAAUGUCCUGGCCCAAACUCGUUCGUUCGCUACAUCAGCGAGGAAAUGUGGCUUAGAGACGCAUCAAUGCGUGUGCUGCCUUCCUUUUAAUAACUUCAGCUAAAGAAACUUGCAAAUAAAGCGAUGUUGACUUCUACAGGUGCGCACGUGUGUUUUCCGGCAUCUGACGUUACCACCACGGUACAGCCGGGUUGAGAACGCGCAGUUUAACACGUCUUGGCUGAGCCCUAUGGUUAGCUACACCGCCCUGGAAAACGCGACAAAUCGGCCCGCUUGGCUAUGGCCUCGCGCCGGCCGGCUGGUUGGCCGUCACAUGAGCCACGCCGGGCUAGCUGGGCCCCGGGUUAGCUUGGCCUCGCGCCCGCCCGGCUAGCUCGGGCCGGCACGAGCCGGGAUGGCCGGGUCGCCUUUCGUUGUCUGGGCCGCCCUUGCCUUGGGCCGCGCGGAUUAGUUCGUUGUAGGCCGCGCGGCUUCGGCUUUGCUUGGCACCUGGCCGCGCGGGCCCGGCUUUGCCGCUUCUCUGCGCGGCCUCGCCCGGCUUUGGCGCUUAUUGGCCGCGCGGCCUCAGCUCGUCUGGCUUAGGGUUUAAGUCGGGGCUUAGGGCUUGCGUUUAGCGAGGAACGAAAGCAAACGGGGGCGGCGAAUAGAACAAGGGGUGGUCGCGCCCACAGCUUUGGCGCCUGAGGCUUCGCUGCUUUGAGGCUUCGCUGCUUUGAGGCUUCGCUGCUUUGAGGCUUCGCUGCUUCGAGGCUUCGCUGCCUCGAAGCUUCGCUGCUUAGAGUUUUCGCACUUGCUAUUGAUAUAGGUUUCAUCUUGGCGCGGUUGGUGUCAAGAUAGAACAAUGUGGAAGAUCAUGUCCUGGCCCAAACUCGUUCGCUCGCUACAACAUCAGCGAGGAAAUGUGGCUUAGAGACGCAUCAAUGCGUUUGCUGCAUUUAGCUUGAGCUCAAGAAGCUUGCAUCUAAGCCGAUAACUUCUACAGGUGCGCACGUGCGUUUUCCGGCAUCUGACGUUACCACCACGGUACAGCUAUCAAUCGCAAAUGUGUCUGGGUCUGGAAGAGGAAGAGUGUAAGCUUGUGAUGCGUACUUGGAUCACACAAAAAUCUGUCAUGCUUAGGCAGCAAAGGGGGCUCCUUCUCCUGUCGCCGAAAGAAGGCGUUUGUUAUGCGGAUUAAGCAUUGGGAAACCGUCUCAAAACCUGUGAUGCUAGGCCUUGCAUGGCACGCCUUCUACUGUGUCAAGCAGACACUGCAUCAGAAACCUGAGCAAUCUUCCAGACCCAGACACUUUUGCAAUGUAUAACAGCCGGGUCGAGAACGCGCAGUUUAACACGUCCUGGCUGAGCCCUAUGGAGUUCUCAAAUGUUACAUUCUCAACUGUUACAUGAAUUUGUAAUGCAAGACUGGCAAAAGUGAAAGGAGGAAGAUUGCGCCUUUUGCAUUACAAGUUUGGCGCAGAUUUAGAUGCUGUUUUGCCCUUCCGAAAUUUGUCAUGCGAAGCAGCUCCAUCAUCUGCCGGCUGAAGGUGCUUUUGCAUGACAAAUCAUGUAACAGUUGAGAAUGUAACGUUUGAGAGCCCCAUAAGCCCUAUGGUUAGCUACACCGCCCUGGAAAACGCGAGUCAAAACGAGAGCCCCAUCGAGUUUGGGGCGCGUGGGAUCGUGGGCAAAAGCUCCACCGACGCUUUUCACCUGAGGUUCAAGGUGAGUAAUCGUUUUAAAUUGGAGGACAAAACCUCCGUGGAGCACCAGGAGGACGACGAACAGCUGUAUCCUGGGCAAAAGUACUGUACUAGUAUAUUAAAUCGCAUGAGAAAUGAUUUCCUCAGCAUGAGAAAUUUGUAAAUGCAGACCUGCGUUAAGAAAGACAGAGAUUUUACUACGAGUGCGAUACUUUUGCAAUGCAUAAGCUGCCACCAGGAGCAAAGUCACCUCUUCACUCCGCGCGAACAGAGAAGUCAGAGGUAUAUUUUUAUUUAGUACUCACACCAUAUCCAUAGCACGUGCGCGAGAUGAAGCCACUUUUGAACUCCCCUGACUCGCUCAUACCGUAGAGAGGCGAGGACCAGUGGGGAUCAACGCACGACAAACAGAGAAGCACGAAACAAGACGGGUCUCGUCAUUCUUUGCACAAAGACAGCUGCAACAAAACUUCUUGACUUAUUCUUUCUAUCAGGCACUAACGGCGUUCAGUGACUUUUUCCGAAAGCCGAAGUACGACGCCAAGGACCAGAUCCUGGAGAAGAGGCGGCCACCCCCAAAACUCACCGUCUCCAUCGAUCCGCCGGCCGGGGUUUCGAAGAGCGUCGCAAACGAGCGAUUGCGGACCGCGCGCGAGAAAUUCCACGAAACCUCCUGGGCGCACUACAUCCGGACGUACGACACGUCAACCGGGGUGAAAAAACUCGGCUCCGACCAAGAGCAGCUGUUCCGCGAGGAGAAAGCGUACGUAACCGAAAUGAACCGGCUCACGCAGAAGGUCAUGAAGUGGAACGAGUACAAGUCCGACAAUUAAGUAAGCUCGGAGUCAGACGUCGUCCUUUGGUAUGCUGCUCGUGCUCGUCUCUUUAGGACAUAAUUGAGAGCGCAGCCUCAAAGUAGACGGACUCAGUAAAUUAGCGACGAAGGCCAAGGCCUUGUCGGAGGACGUAAGAAUUCUGUGAUACAAAGUGAAUAGAUGUUUAUGACGAAGAACGACACGGAAACGUCCAAUAUCCGUUGUCGUGAUCUGGUGCUCCAGAUUUACACCUCAAAGUUUCUUUCUAAGUACAAAUUCGCAAAAGAUGAUUAGGGUAUGUAGUAGAGCACGCGUGCUUUUUACUCUUUUUUUGAGGUCUCUACUACUACGUUCUUCUUGUUUCUUUCGAUAAAAAGUUUCACGGUUUCGCGAGCGGAGGGGUCAGCAUCAUGACACCACCCGCAGAAAUUAGCAGUGCAUUGUACGUCUCUCGAGAGCUGUUGCUGCCAUGAUCCCGCAGCUUCUCGUUUUUAUCAGUUAAUGCUUUUCAUCCACAUGUACCGAAACUUGCCUGAGAAUGAAUUGUACAGUAUGAAAGAUUCCCAGAGAUACGCAAGAAUCAUGUAUAGAAUAGAUACUACCAAAUCCAAAAGAAAUAAUUGCGCCACUGAUGCGCUUGCGCCGUCGUUUGGCAUAUCGUCGAU